AUGGCUACUGUAGAGGCUGGCCCAGUACCCGGAAGUGGUCAAAAAGGUUGUCCGCCUCCAAAUCCGUGCGAAUCUAAGACAGCUCAGCAAACCGACGAAAUUUUAAAUUCGAUUCUUCCCCCGAGGUUUGCUUUUUAUCUAGACAGGCAAAGUCUUCAGGGAGUGGUCAGAGAACGGUCAGCUUUGGAUUCAAAGAGUAUCAAGCACGCCAGCAACUCGCCUCGAUGUAGUCAAUUUGCAGGAGGAACUCGAUCGCAGGUUACAACAAAGGCAAGCGAGGGAAACGGGCAUUUGUCCUGUUCGACGUGAACUAUAUUCUCAGGUAAACGCUGAUCAAAUAUCGCAUAAGGUACUUUAGGUGUUCGACGAACUUAUUCGUCAAGUUACAAUAAAUUGUGCGGAAAGAGGUCUCCUUCUUCUUAGAGUCCGCGAUGAAAUACGAAUGACAAUAGCUGCGUAUCAAACCCUUUAUGAAUCAAGUGUUGCUUUUGGCAUGCGAAAGGCCCUGCAAGCAGAACAAGGCAAAGCUGAUCUAGACAAAAGGGUAAGAUUAGUUACUUCAUCGGAAAUAUAAAAGCCUUUAAGACAAAUCUUUUAACUUCGGAAAGUGAUGAGGAGAGACACAAAUAACGGCCAUAUCUAAAAGUAUGAUAUGUGAAAAACUUUUCUAUUACGCCAAAGGCAGCACUCCAGCGUAUGUUCACAAACCACCCUACCAGCUCCAGCCCUGCCGACAGGUUGUAACCUGUCAGCUUGGAGGUUUUGCUUUAAUCACAGAAAUGGCCUGCAAAAACCAGCAUAAUUGAUACAGUUCUAAGUUGCCCUAUCUCUUGGCUCUCCCAUUUAGAUAUCAAAAGUUACACUCUUACCGAGUCGGGUGAUCCAACAACAAGCCAAAUCUUCAUUUUCACUACAUUUAUCAGCAGUAGCAAAAACGGCGUAGCUCCGGUUAUGUGCUUAUUCUCAAAACCUGCUCGACAACGAUUCAAAAUCAUAGUUUUCUCGACCAAGAUAUUGCAGUGGUCUAAUCUUUUAAACUUCCUCCACAUUUUCUGAGCACGAGGAGGAGGAACUUGAAUCGUGGUUUCUGCAUCAUCAUAUCUAUAUCAUCAUAUCCAGGUUUAUUGAGUGUCAGCGGAUAUACUAUAGCAUGGUAUGUUCUACUAUAGUAGGGACGAAGCGAAAUUCUCCAUUGAUAGCGAAUUUCGCCUUUUCUGUAAACAAGUUGAGAGUAUUAUUCAAAAGUUCGUCGAAAUUGAAUCUCGAAUUGAAACUUGAAAACGUUUUUUAUACAUUGAUGGGGUCUCUCGAGUAUAAAUAUUUAAACUUGUUUCAACCGCACUUAUGUAAAGUGCUUUUAUUUUGAAACACAUUGUCAAUCCUGCUUACCAAUAUUCUUUUCAAUAAACAUGGGUGGUUUGUCUUACUAUUGGUGCAAAAAACGCAAAAAUGCCCUGCAUUUACAGCAAUAUGGACAUUGAUUACAUCGUUUGGCCUUAAAAGGACGCUUUAGAUCUUGUGUUCAAAAAUGUGUAAGCGCCGUCCUUCCAAUUUUCUAGAUUAAUUCACAUUCCCUUUUCCAGGCUAAACAACAGAUCUUAGGAAUUGUUUGAUUUACACAUAAAUGCGUAUUCAGGAGAUUCUUACGACCUAAAUGGCGCUUUCGCUUUAGCCUGUGUGAUCAUAAUUUGCGGUAUGCGCAUGGUUAACUCGGCUGAAAUUCCUGUUCUAUAUUUUGUUCUUGGUUAAAGAGUGGGCCUUGGCAUAUCCACAAGCACGCUAUCACACCCUUCACUAGACCAGUCUUCCCGCAUAAUUCGAACAUGCUUCAUUAGUUGCCCAGUCGAAACAGACCAGCGGAUGGAAUAUCUGGCAUAGUAGAAUCGCGAUAGGGUUAAAGAACGGAGCAGUGGUAGCUUUUGCUUAAUAUUAACAAUGUUCAUUUAAUACUCCGAAUGAUUGCGAUUUGACCGAAUUUCGGUCUCCGAAAACUCAUUGUGUGCGGGACGUAUCUCUGGCCGAAACAUAUGUCGUAUGUCAGCACCUGGGUUGUUACCACUCUCCUUCUGGAUGAGUUGAUACUGGCAGUGUAUGUUCUAUAAUAUCGUGGUAGUUGAUCGCGAAAUUGCAAAUUUCUAAAUUUUAUGUGAAAAUGGACAUCACUUAAAACAGUAAGUUACCAUCAUAGGUGGCCAUGAUAAAACCCACCGAAAGCUAUGAGAAUGCAUAGGAAUAACAUCAGUUAGAAGUCAUUGUGGCAUCAAAACUUGAUAUACUAAAAAUUGGUUUGACAGUCUUUUCCGGUCUUUCCAUGCGAACUUAGGAGUCUUCGAUAUCCAAUUUUAAUUGCUAAUCGUGUAUCUGCUGCGUUUUUAUGGUCAUUAUUUGUCCGACCAUGUCUGCGAAAGUGACUUACAGAAGUAAAACGAUGUUAGUCCUGUAAUCUCUCUUAUAUGUAUUUUUCUCCGUUUCACUUGUCCACACAGUUUUGCUUUCUUUAUGAGAUCUAUUCUGCAGAAACUCGACAACACCAUUCUGCGUGAUUGAUAGUUAUUAUGAUCACCGUCCCAUCACCGAAUCUUGAGAUCAAUAGCACUUACAAUAACCUACCCUCAGUCGCUCUGAUCGCCGAUGUCUACAGCGUGCAGCAAUUUGGUGUACUGGAUUUAAUGCUUGUUGGUUACAGGAGGCACCUGUUGAGGGUCGGUCAGCGUUUUUGAAAGCGCGACAGCCGCACAACAGUCGCUAACUUAAUGAUAAGAUAAGCGAACUUCCGGACAGCCAUCCUUCUUGAAGGCACAAGUUUUAAGACAUUCAAUACACGCAUAGAACGGGGUGCAGGUGCUGUCUGGGGAGACUUGCGCUGUCUUGGAGCCGUUGGGGUCGACUGAAAUUAACCUCAUCGACAAAUACGGUUGUUACUUCGUUUCACGUGAGCAUCCCCUCUUUAGUUUAAACGUCUUGGCAUACAGUGUUCCUCUUUGAGUUUUUAGGCGCUGUCAUUGUCACUACAAUUCUGCUGGGUAUGCUUGUAUGACGAGGAAUGGGUUUAUUUAAUUGGAAACUGUGCUGGUUACUAACAAGGUCUCAGUAGGUAGUUCUGUGCGACAGCAAUACUCCCAUCACUUCGUAUUUGCAAUUAUUCUGUCGGCGUCUUCUUUAAGAUUCUGGAAUUAGAGCAAGAAAAGCGCGAUCUGGAGAGGCAGGUGAAUGAACUAAAGGCAAAAUGUGAACAAAUCGAAAAGCGGGCAGCUGAGCAGAGACAGGUGGAGGAGAAGAAACAUCAAGAUGAAAUUCAGUUUUUGAAGCGAAACAACCAACAACUAAAGGUAAGUUCAAAUUACCCUCAGACAAGGACAAUUUGAUGUCAUCAACGCGAAUGUUAAUAAUUCCGACAUAAGAAGUUAAUAGACCUGUUAUUUACUUUUCUCUUAUUCCACCAAAAGUUCUCUAUUCUAUUGCUUUUAGACCCAACUAGAUGGAAUCAUGAAUCCAAAAUAG